AUGAUACCUGAUGAGAAAAGCUCCAAGAUAACUACCACGGGGAAAUUCUUGUCCCCGAAAGAACGAAUGCAAGACGCUAGUGAAACACAGGUAGAUGAGUCAAUAAUCAGCUUUUCAAAUGAUAUGAACAAUAGUCUUGUAUUUGGAAACGACAUUGGCAAAAACGAAAUAUUCAAAGGUAAACAGGAUUAUCAGCUGCCACAGGUAGAUGGACCUCAUGAUUCGGAACACGAAUCUUCUUUGUUUUCAGAAGAAGUGUCUCAGGGGGGAUUUUCUGUUGUACUAAAGUGCCGCCCCGAUGAAACACCAUUUCUAGAGAAACUAAAAGAUCCAUUUGAAGACAGUGAAGUUGACAAUGAUAGGAAUAAUAAACGUGAAAUCUCAGUAAUUAGCAAAAUGGGAUCCGAAUAUCUGGCAUCCAAACUUUUAGAACAUGAAGACCACUUUUUAGUAGAGCAGACUGCAAGAGUUAAGUCUAUGCAUGAUACUCAAACUAUCAAUGAGAAAGCAGACGUACAAUAUGAUGAAGGAACUAUGCAUAUCAAUAAAACCUCACGGCCAAGUGAUGUGUCAGGUCAGCGACCAAAUGGUUUGGGGAUCCAAGAUACCCAAAAGAUAAGGCCCCUAGGAUCGCAAACUGAUUACAACAUAAAUGACAGUAUUCAGUUCUUAGAAUUACCUCAUGAUACCCAAGUUAUUGAUCCUAUAGACAGAGAGACUAGUAAAAGCUCACUUAAUAAUACGAGCAAUGAACAACUGAGCAAAGCUGAGUUCAUAUCAACGGCAAUUGAAAUACCUAAUACAGUUGAAAGGAUAACAUAUUCUAGGAGAGAAGUAAUUAAUACGCAAGAGGAAAAUGAAGCUGUUCAUAUUCAGGAUCUUGAACUUUCACAUGCCCCAUUCCCUCCGAAAGAAGGCUCAAAAGCUCAAGAAAUUAUAAAUUCUGAUGAAGAGAAAGAGAGUGAUCUAGCUGAUACAUCUCUUACUGCCAACAUUGAAUACCUCGAUGAUAGCAUUUUGAAUCAUAAGACUAGGUUACAUGAGGAAAGAGGUGAAAAUAUAAAAAAUAAGCAUAUAAAUAACGUUUCUAAGUACGACAGCCCUCGAGAAAACGAUCCCUACUUUAAAUCAAUACUCACUCCGGGUCUUAUUGCUGCAUCAACUUCUCCUAAUGAGAUCGAGGAGUCUUCGCCGCUUUUUGUCAAGAAGUCAGAUAUCUUAAAGGCAUCAACCUCAAACCACGAAAGACGUAACAUUUGCUCCAAUACUACAAUUAUACAUGAUUCAAAAGAGCUGAGAGCUUACGGAACUACUUUGAUGUCAUCUCCUAAUGAUAGAAUGAUAGCAUCUUUUGAUGUGAAUGAUGGUACGGCAAUAAGAUCGAAAACAUCACGUUCGCUGGAGCGUAAAAGCGAUGCUUCUGAUUCAGGUAUCACCGACGUCUUUCUGAAUCUGGAUAAUGCAGAAAAUAAAACUAUAAGUGAAAAAAGGAGGCGAAAUAUAAUUGAGUCAUUAUCGGAAAUGCAGUGCUCAUCGGAUGAUGACAAAGAUCUCUCUGCAAAGGAUAACGUCUUAAGCGAUUCCUCUAUACUUCGAGAAGAAGAUCUGGAAGUUGUUACAUGCCAUGAAAUUUGUUCCAACGAGAGUGUGUGGGCUUCUUACAAUUUAAGAUUAUAUUCUGGUGUUUUGACAAAGGUAGGAAUAGAAACACUGCAUGUCAAAUUUGAAGAUGGUAUUUACGACAUCAAGAACUCAGAUUUAUUUUUGUUAGAUAUACGAAUCGGAGAUUCCAUUUUACUCAGAUCAUCGGGCCCUUCUUACGUUGUUACUGGGUUACUUUAUAAGAAGGGUUCGACUUCGCUCAGAUGUAUAAGGGGCUAUAACUAUGCAUACGUGAAGAGAAAGAAUACCAAAGUCAAUAACUCCGAGGAGUUGAUAGAAAUCGCACAGUGCUGUAUGGAUUUUUCGGAUUGGAUUAAUCAUCAGCAUAAGUUCAAAUUGAAUUACAAAGAUGCAGAUUUAUUGCGGCAACCAGGGAUCUGUGAUAUAGUCCAUCUUAUGAUAUCUGAAUUCAGCAGAUUUUGCGUUACUGAUAAUAAGCAUACGACUACUUCAAAUAGAAGGAAUAAUGAGAACAAGGAUGCUUUUUUGAGUAGUCCUAUUAGAGGUACUGAAUCGAAGUUGAGAUCGAGCCCAACAAAAAUAGUUCCCAUGAAUGACAACGGAAUUUUCUCUAAAUUCUUAUUCUGCAUUACCUCGAUAUCUGGUACUCAAAAAGAUGAACUAAAGCACCUGAUUACUAAAAAUGGAGGUGUUUUCUUAGAGGAAAGCUUUGGAGCUAUCUUUAGAUACUCACAGGAUGAUCAUGGACUGCUAGAAUUACUGUCUCACUUUGUAAACGCAUUCAAGUUUGGUGCUUUGAUCUCUAAUGGGUAUUGUCGAAGUGCAAAAUAUAUUCAGGCACUAGCUCUAGGUUGGCCAAUUUUAUCAGAAUCUUAUAUAUAUGCUUGCAUCAAAGAUCCUACUAAGGUUUCAAAGUGGCCCUUGUUUGUUUUGCCUGCAGGGCAUUCUUCGGUUUUAAAAUCUUUAAAAAGUCAGGAUGUGUUUCAUUUCAGAUUGAAUUUCGAAAGAAGCGAGGGAUUGAAUAAGCAGAUCAGCAAUAAUAGCCAUAUACUUGAAGGUUAUAACAUUUAUUUCUUCAAGAGCCAAGUGAAUGAAAUUAAUUUAGCAACAUGUGAGUUCAUCUUCCAUGCCCUUGGAGCUCUGGGUCUUUCCUACUAUGACGAUCAUGAUGCGAUUUUGAAGGCACUAAACAAUAUUGAUUCUGAGAGAAACUGCACUAUUUUAAUAUAUGAUGAUAGUGAUACACUAAAAUUAAAAUUCAAAGAAGUUGCAGAUCAAAAUAUAGAGAGGAAAAAGCAAUCAACUUCAAAAUACAGGCAAAAUAAAAGGAGGCGGACAUCCCGGUCUUAUGGGUUCAAUAAGCAAAGAGCCACAGAGAUUGGGAUAGUGAACUGGGAAUGGGCUGUUCAGUGUGUUAUUAGCGGUUAUGCUUGGGAGCCCGAGAAGGUUACAAUACUUUCGGAUUAUAUAUAG